AUGGAAAUCAGACGCGAUCCAGAUCUCCAUGAUUUUGCAACUCUGACUGCCAAUGAGGAACCCACCAUCGCCUUCGCAAGGGAAUGUCACCUCCUCCCUCAGGCCAGCCUUACACAACCUCCCCCAUGCAAGUACCCCGGCUGCCCAGGUCGUUGUUCCCAGGGUAUUCGGGAUGGUGUGGAAGCAUCCACUCCUGAAGUCUCCGAAACUCGCCAUUUUCUUGUGGAAAGGCGAGAUCGGUACACCCUGCUUCCCAUCAUCCUGAAGCACAUUCAACCAGGGACCAAGAUCCGAUCGGACGAGUGGGGGGCGUACCAGGAGCUGCACCGGUACGAAUUCACACACGAAAUAGUGAACCACUCCCAGGAAUUCGGGGACUCAGUUAACGGAUAUGUUGUGACUAAUCUAAACUUUAAUUCGAAGAGGUCAAGAGUGGAAGCGUUGGUCGUGGCUGUCACCCCCAUCGCACGGCCUAAAGAGUCAGACCUACAAGGCUACACCUUACCAUGCCAUCUUAUGAGAACUGUGAUGGUGGUGGUUGUCACCCCAGCGCGCGAGGCCUACUACACUACGUCACUUCAGGCCAUAGGCUAG